AUGCAGGGCGAUCAACGAGGCGGCCAAGAGGGCCAGUCACUUUUUGAACAGAUGUACAAUCAACAACAACAGCCAUACGGUCAGCAGGCACCAUAUCCGCAGCAGCCGCAACAGCAGCAGCAGCAGCAGCAGGACCAGGUUCCUUUUUCCUAUCCGCCUGCGCAACCCGUAUACAUGCAGCAACAAGGCCGACACACCGUCCCGCAGGGCUACAUGGCACCACCACCACUGCCACAAACACAAACACCGAACUACGUUUCUCCUCAGAAGGACAAUGAUUACUUUAAGGGAUUUUACGACGGCAUGGUAAGACCAUCGGGUCCCGUUCUCGGAAAUGCUGUCAGCUGGCUCGCACCGCUUUUUGUUAAUCUUGCCAUUUUUGUUGGUCCAAUUUGGUUCAUGCGUCGCAAAUACGUUCAGGCCAUGGGCAAGGCCGCCGCUGGGGAUGGGACAAAGCAGAAUUCAAUGAUGGGUGGGCUAAUGGACAUGAUGAACCCCAUGAAGUCAAAGAAUUACCGCGUAGAUGUGAAGAACACCACCUUCGCCGACGUCAUCGGCAUCCCAGAGGCCAAGGAGGACCUCAGGCAGUACGUGGACUUUUUGAAGGAACCGAAGAAGUUUACUCGACUUGGUGCCCGUUUGCCGAAGGGUUGCUUGCUGACCGGGAAGCCGGGAACGGGCAAGACUCUCUUGGCUCGCGCGGUUGCAGGUGAGGCAAGUACGCCCUUUUUUUCCUGCUCUGGUGCGGACUUUAUUGAAAUUUUUGGCGGCAGUGGCCCGAAGCGGGUCCGGGAACUCUUUGCACAGGCCAAGGAGGCCGCACCGUGCGUUGUCUUUAUUGAUGAAAUUGACGCCAUAGGGUCUCGUAACCAGGGUGGGCGCAGUAUGGGUGGUGGGGGCAGCAGUGAGGAAAACCGAACCAUCAACCAAUUGCUGGCCGAGCUGGAUGGACUUUCUAGCAAGGAGGCGAUUGUAGUGAUUGCUGCCACGAACUAUGCUGAGGCGAUUGACAAGGCCCUUCUACGCGAGGGACGCUUUGAUCGUAAGGUGAAUAUUCCAAUGCCUGACAUGGAAGCCCGACAAGAUCUCUUUGAGUUUUACCUGAACCGAAUCAUCACGGGAGAUCCAAACUGUAAACCAAGGGUUCAAACCUUUCGCACAAGGAAGGAGGGUGAAGCUGGUGCCGCUGCCCCCUCUACCGUGACUGGUGAGGAGGUGAAGGAAGAGAAGCAGGGGGAGGAGGUGAGAUCCGUGAUUGUAGAAACACCUGUUGAGGUGGUGGUUCUCCCUGGCGUCAGUAACAAGGCAUAUGCUCAUGAAUUGGCUGAACGCACCCCGGGUGUGUCACCUGCACAAAUUGCCACCAUUGUGAAUGAGGCUGCCCUGACCUCGGCCAUGUCAGAGGAGCAAGUUGUCCCGCUAAAGACACUCCAGGACAGCAUUGAUGACGUUCUUAUAGGUAAGAAGCAUCGUCAGCGGAUGAGCGAGGCGUCGCUGCAGCGCACAGCCUAUCAUGAGGUGGGACAUGCAAUUAUGGCCUGGACAUCGCCACUGCAGAAGGAUGUGGUAAAAAUUUCCAUCAUUCCACGUGGAAGGGCUGGGGGCUACACGCAACAGGUGCAGGAUGAGGCGCUGGAACCACUUACAGAUGUGUUUUUAUUUUCACAAUUGUGUGUUCUCAUGGGCGGUCGCGUCGCCGAGAGGAUAUUUAUGCGGGAUAUUUCAACGGGUGCCAUGGAUGAUCUCCAGCGUGCCACUCGCAUUGCAAUGGAAAAACUUUUAAUGUACGGCAUGUCCAACUCUAUUGGCAAGCUGGCUUUUAAGCCAAAUGAGCGCAAUGAGGGCCGCGCCUGGAUGAGCUACUCUGAAGAUUUACAUACAAAGGUUGAGACGGAGGCCCGGGAACUUGUGGCUUCGGCAUACAAGCACACCGAAAAGGUUUUGCUUGAAAAACGCGAGCUGCAUGAAAAGCUCGCUAAACUUUUGUUGGAAAAGAAAGAGCUGAUGAAAGACGAUAUUGAAAAAGUACUGGGCCCCCGUCCUGUGGUGAAUACAUCAAAAUAG